AGCCCCGAGCGCCGCCGACCGACCGCGGACGCGCUUUCGGCCGGGAGCCGCGGCCGCCGCCAGCAGUGUUCAUGUUUGGGAUUCAGGAGAACAUUCCGCGCGGGGGGACGACCAUGAAGGAGGAGCCGCUGGGCAGCGGCAUGAACCCGGUGCGCUCGUGGAUGCACACGGCGGGCGUGGUGGACGCCAACACGGCCGCCCAGAGCGGCGUGGGGCUGGCGCGGGCGCACUUCGAGAAGCAGCCGCCCUCCAACCUCCGGAAGUCCAAUUUCUUCCACUUCGUGCUGGCGCUGUACGACAGGCAGGGGCAGCCGGUGGAGAUCGAGCGCACCGCCUUCGUGGACUUUGUGGAGAAAGAGAAAGAGCCAAACAACGAGAAAACCAACAACGGCAUCCACUACAAGCUCCAGCUGCUGUACAGUAACGGAGUCAGAACCGAGCAGGAUCUGUAUGUUCGCCUCAUAGAUUCAAUGACCAAACAGGCCAUCGUCUACGAGGGCCAGGACAAGAACCCGGAGAUGUGCCGCGUGCUGCUGACCCACGAGAUCAUGUGCAGCCGGUGCUGUGACAAGAAAAGUUGUGGCAACAGAAACGAAACACCCUCAGACCCUGUCAUCAUUGACAGGUUCUUUCUGAAGUUCUUCCUCAAGUGCAAUCAGAACUGCUUGAAGAAUGCAGGCAACCCUCGGGACAUGCGGAGGUUUCAGGUUGUUGUAUCGACAACAGUCAACGUGGACGGCCACGUGCUGGCUGUGUCUGACAACAUGUUUGUGCACAACAAUUCCAAACACGGGCGGCGGGCCCGCCGCCUAGACCCGUCAGAAGGUACGGCCCCUUCUUAUCUGGACAAUGCUACUCCGUGCAUCAAGGCCAUCAGUCCCAGUGAAGGCUGGACCACGGGGGGUGCCACUGUGAUCAUAAUCGGAGACAACUUCUUCGACGGCCUUCAAGUUGUGUUUGGAACUAUGCUGGUGUGGAGUGAGCUGAUAACUCCCCACGCCAUCCGAGUGCAGACCCCGCCCCGGCACAUCCCCGGAGUCGUGGAGGUCACCCUCUCCUACAAGUCCAAGCAGUUCUGCAAAGGUGCGCCCGGGCGCUUCGUCUACACCGCCCUCAAUGAACCAACCAUAGAUUACGGCUUCCAGAGGUUGCAGAAGGUGAUCCCCAGACAUCCGGGUGAUCCUGAAAGGUUACCCAAGGAGGUGUUACUGAAGAGGGCUGCGGACCUGGUGGAAGCCUUGUACGGAAUGCCUCACAACAAUCAGGAGAUCAUCCUGAAGCGAGCGGCUGACAUUGCGGAGGCGUUGUACAGUGUCCCCCGCAAUCACAACCAGAUCCCUACCUUGGGCAACACCCCAGCGCACAGCGGCAUGAUGGGCGUGAACUCCUUCAGCAGUCAGCUAGCCGUCAACGUGUCCGAGACAUCGCAAGCCAGCGACCAAGUCGGCUACAGUCGCAAUACGAGCAGCGUGUCCCCGCGAGGAUACGUGCCCAGCAGUACUCCCCAGCAAUCCAAUUACAACACAGUGAGCACUAGCAUGAAUGGAUAUGGAAGUGGCGCCAUGGCCAAUCUAGGGGUCCCUGGCUCGCCUGGAUUUCUUAAUGGCUCCUCCGCUAACUCUCCCUACGGCAUAGUGCCGUCCAGCCCCACCAUGGCAGCCUCUUCGGUCACCCUCCCUUCAAACUGUAGCGGCACACACGGCAUUUUCUCAUUCUCACCUGCCAAUGUCAUCUCCGCAGUGAAACAGAAGAGCGCCUUUGCGCCCGUGGUCCGGCCCCAAGCCUCGCCUCCCCCCUCCUGCACCAGCGCCAACGGGAACGGACUGCAAGCUAUGUCUGGGCUGGUAGUCCCGCCGAUGUGAGGGACUCGUGUACCUCCCAGCACCCCACAAGGACGGACUUCAGGGGACACGCGUAGUGUGCUAAGAUGUGCUGACGGAGACGGUCCCUUCCAACAGUCAGCAGCAGCCGAGAUGCUACAAAAGACUUUGAUUAAAGAUUUUAUUUAAACUAUUAAGAAUCGACAUGCAAACAGCCCAACUUCCACACGAACAAUUCCAUUUUACUGACUGAACUUUUCUCAUAUUUUCACAUUUCUCAGUCCCGAAGAAUAAGGAAAACAAAGCGACGCCUAUUUUGUAUAAAGUUUCUGACUCCGUCUUGGCUGUCUAGUACGUGCUAUCCGUGUGGGGAGAAACUUCGUGAAUGCACCAUUUUAAUGACCAUGAAAAACACUGAGGAAAAUGCCUCCAGACAUUUUUCUGUACUCAUACUUAGAUUCACAAUGGUUGUGUAUCUCUAUAAUGUGAAAUAUUUUUUUGUGGUGAAACUAGGGGCCAAGGAGGUAUGAGCCAUCAAACUGGAACAGGAUGAGAUGUAAUCUAGGGUGGCAGGGAGGGAGGGCUUCUCAUUGCUUAACUUCAUCUUAAUGAAAUGAAACUUUGUAACUUAUUGUAGUUAGAAAUUGUAACUUUGAUAUUGAAUCUCUUGCCUUCAACAAGCACACUGACAGAGGAAAGAUGCUCCUGUCUGUUGGUUCCAAUAUUCUCCCACUGCUAAGAGCUUCCUGUGAGCAAGUGCGGUCUGCCACAUUUUUUCAACUUUCGCUAGCACUGUAUACUAUUGCAUUCUUAGGCUACUGUGAGGUCUAUGUUUCUUGUACCAGAAAUUGUCCUUUUGACUUCUAGAUCCUUCUUCCCUAAUGUGUUUUGUAUGUGGUUAUAAAAUUGUAGACUUUUGUGAUUUUGCCAAAGUUGUAGCUAAAUAUUUAUACACUUGUCUUGAAUUUUUUUCAGAUCCACUUAAAUAUUUAGAAAAAUGAGUUUUAUUCCUUCUAUGUUCUGUAAGGGAUAAAAUGGUCUUCAUCCAACACUUAACUUUUCCAUGAACACUUACAGUUGCUUAAAGAACUUUACUUUGUAACAUAUCAAUUAUAAAUAUUGUAUUUAUCUUUGAAAUUUUGUA